AUGAAAGCGGUUUUUGGUUACGUGCUGAUAGCUAUGGCUGUGGUGGUCGCAUAUUGCUGCGAUUGUCCCAAAGAUGGCACCGAAAAAUACUAUAAACACGAGGAUUGCGACAAAUUUUACCAAUGUGCCAACGGCGAGAAAGUGGUAAUGAUAUGUCCAGGACAUCUCUACUUCAACGAGACCGUAAACCUAUGUGAUUGGCCUGAAAACGUGAAUUGCACUGGGCGUAAUAUGCCUGUACGGAACGUGCUUGUAGAGGUCAAAUAA